AAAAUCACUUCCAGCUCAGUUGAGUUCCAGUAUCGUUUGAGCGAAUAACGAAUAGAAAAUAUUCAAAAUUGUUAAAAAUUUUGAAUAGAAAAAGUAAAGCGCGCAAAGAAAAACCCCUGAAAAACAAAUUAAAUUUACAACGAAACCUAAACAUUCCGUAGUGUUUUUUUUUAAGUUCAAUAAAAUUUUCAACAACUAGUGAAACAUGUCGAACAGAAUUUUGGAAGAUUCACCCAAUGCCCACAUCAACAAGACCAUUUUGGAUCGUUAUCUCAGUUUGCCACUGAAGGAGAACGUCGUCCAGGCCACCUAUGUGUGGAUCGAUGGCACCGGUGAAGAUUUGAGAUGUAAAGAUCGGACAUUGGAUUUCAUACCAUCGAAGCCAAGUGACCUUCCCAUUUGGAAUUAUGAUGGCAGCUCCUGUUACCAAGCCUUGGGUUCCAAUUCGGAUACCUAUUUGCAUCCGGUUGCGAUUUACAAAGAUCCCUUCCGCCGUGGCAACAACAUUUUGGUCAUGUGUGACACGUAUAAGUUCGAUGGCACACCCACGGAGACAAAUCAUCGCAAAACCUGUUUGGAGGUGGUCAACAAGUGUUUGGACGAAGAGCCAUGGUUUGGCAUUGAACAAGAAUAUACAUUCCUUGACUUUGAUGGUUAUCCAUUGGGUUGGCCCAAGAAUGGUUUCCCCGGACCCCAGGGACCCUACUAUUGUGGUGUGGGUGCUAAUAAGGUUUAUGCCCGCGAUGUGGUCGAUGCCCAUUACAGAGCCUGCUUGUAUGCCGGCAUAAAGGUGUCGGGCACCAAUGCCGAAGUCAUGCCCGCCCAAUGGGAAUACCAGGUGGGACCAUGUGUUGGCAUUUCAAUUGGUGAUGAUUUGUGGAUGUCCAGAUUCCUGUUGCAUCGCAUUGCUGAAGAGUUUGGCAUCGUAGCCACCUUGGAUCCCAAACCCAUGCCCGGUGAUUGGAAUGGCGCUGGAGCUCACACCAAUGUCUCCACCAAAUCGAUGCGUGAAGAUGGUGGCAUUAAAGACAUUGAACAGGCCGUGGCCAAGCUGUCCAAGCAUCACGAUCGUCACAUUCGUGCCUACGAUCCCAAGCAGGGUCAAGACAAUGCCCGCCGCUUGACAGGCAAACAUGAAACCAGCUCGAUCAAUGACUUCAGUGCCGGUGUUGCCAAUCGUGGCUGUUCCAUUCGCAUUCCCCGUGGCGUUAACGAUGAGGGUAAAGGCUAUUUCGAGGAUCGUCGUCCUAGCUCGAACUGUGAUCCCUACUCAGUUGUGGAGGCUAUUUUACGUACAAUCUGCUUAGAUGAAUAAGUCGACCAAAAGAAAAAAUGCAAAGCAAAACAGAACCAAGUGUGUGUGAAAGAGGGUAGGGCGGGGUGGCAGAUAUCAAUUACUUGGAAAAAAACACUCAUACCACUUGUUACUGUUAUGGUGUGAAGUGUGUGUUCUGGGUUCGUCGUUUUCGCCACUAUCCCCCCCUACCUUCAUCAGCCCACUUCAAUCCAGACCAUGUUAUAUGUUCCAAGUUAUUGUUGAUUUUGUGUUGAAAGUUAUUCGUUUUGUUGUAUUUAUCUUUUUUUUAAGUUAGCCACCGGAUACAGUGGCCCAGAGGAAUGAAUCGAAAAAAGUGAACAAUGAAUUUAUCUAACAUACAUUUCAUUCAAUAUUUUGAUUAUUUCUAAGCGUCUAAGCAAAAAUAUUCUCUAUUAUCUCGUAUUGUUAUCAUAUCUGCGAAUAGAUUUUCCAUGAAAAAUCCCAUGGGAGAACCUAUUCUAGUUUUAUUUAUUGCAACUUGAAAAUCGACAUGACAAUAUUUACUCAUUAUAAUUACUUUAAUAAAAAAAAUGCAUACCAUGAAGGAAAAUAAAUGAAAAAUGUCUUA